AUGGAAAAUGGCCAGAACUAUGGUAUGAUUGCUGAGAAGUACGGAAUAGGUAAAUCGACUGUUGGUGACAUAAAAAAAAAUAAAGAAAAAAUUAUGAAGUUUGUCAGCACAACUGAACGUGGUCCAGGCACACGUAAAACUUUAAAAGAACCGGAAAAUCUUGUUCUCGAAAAUGCUUUAUUUAUAUGGUUUAUGCAACAGCGGAGACGACAUAUUUCGAUAAGUGGUGAAAUAAUUUGCGAAAAAGCACGUUUAUUUCACCGUGAAAUAACAAAGCAGGAAGAUGGUUUCACUGCUAGUAGAGCAUCAAUCGAACCAUUUCGAAAUGAGUUGCAGCGAGUCAUAAAUGAAAAAAAUUUGGACCUAGAACAAAUUUAUAACGCUGAUGAAUCCGGUUUAUUCUGGGGAAUGUUACCAGAGCAUACAUUGACAUCAAGUCAUGAGAAAAACGCCCCUGGAAGAAAAAUGAUUAAAGCUAGAAUAACAUUCAUGCCUUGUGCUAAUGCAAGUGGAACACAUAAAUUGCCUUUACUCGUCAUUGGGACUGCACAAAAACCACGUGCGUUUAAAUCAGUUAACCUUCCUGUAUACUAUCGUGGACAAAAAAAUGCUUGUGCCACUCGUGUUUUAUUUUUAGACUGGUUUCAAAAACAAUUUGUUCCUGUAGUUCGUGAGCACCUUUUAAAUGUAAAUUUACCUCCAAAAGCUUUAUUAUUGUUGGAUAAUUGCCCUGGACAUCCAUCAGCAGAAGAAUUACGUAGUGAUGAUGGCAACAUUUUUGCAAUGUUUUUACCCCCUAAUACUACAGCGCUUAUUCAACCGAUGGAUCAAAAUGUAAUUCAGAAUAUUAAAUUAAACUAUCGUAAGUCUCUCUUAGUCAAUGUUCUUGCUUAUCCGGUGCAUGGUGAAAACCUUAUUGAUGCUCUAAAGGCCAUAAAUUUAAAAGACGCAGUUUUUAGUCUUGCAAAUUGUUGGAAAUUGGUCCCGCCAAUGCUCAUAAAGAAAUCGUGGAAACACUUGCUUCCUUUCCAAACAGAAAAUAAAAUCAACGAAGUUGUUGAAAUUAAUGACAUUCAACUUUCUACACUCAUAAACCAGAUACAGAAAACAUGUACGAAUAAAAUGUCUGAUUCUCAAGCACAGGAAUGGGCUUACCGUGGCGCAGACGAAGAUUUAGCGAAUCAUGAAAUCUUAACUGAUGAUCAAAUUCUACAAAUUGCAGCAAAAGAGGAUGAUAUUGACGACGAGGAUUAA